CGAGGACGAAGACAGUCACCUAGCAGGGGUUGUUGUUUUAUCCACCUGUCGGUCCGUAUCUAGGCGGUUAUGUGGUCGGUUCACCAACACACUGCUGUUCGUUGCGUUGUACUGGAGGACAUUAAUAAGGGGAAAAUCAUGUGCUGAACCGAGCAGGUGAACGGAAGCCUAAUUGUUUAAGUUUAGCGUGAGCAGCCAUGCGGCUUCGUGCUGGUCAGCUGGGCACCGCCGGGUUCAGGAGCGCCUUUGACUUCGGGCAGAGGGAGACUGCACGGUGGUUCCCUGGACACAUGGCUAAAGGACUAAAGCAAAUGCGGGCAAGACUGAGGAGCACUGACUGCAUCAUUGAAAUCCACGAUGCAAGAAUACCAUUUUCUGGAAGAAAUCCCUUGUUUCAAGAAAGUCUGGACAUCCGGCCACGUUUACUUGUGCUGAAUAAGAUGGACCUGGCAGACACAUCAAAAAAAUUGAGUGUUCUGAAACAGCUUGAGAGAGAGGGUGUUAAGAAUGUCCUGUUCACUGACUGCCUUAAGCAGAGAGAUGACAGUGUUAAAAAGAUCGUUCCUCUCGUCACCAAGCUGAUUGAGAGCGCAGCCCGUUUUCACAGAGAAGAGAAUAGAAGUUACUGCCUAAUGGUCAUUGGGGUGCCAAAUGUUGGCAAGUCUUCACUAAUUAAUGCUUUAAGGAGAACAAAUCUAAAAAAAGGCAAAGCCUCGAGGGUUGGUGGUGAGCCUGGAAUUACCAAAGCCAUCCUGACCAAAAUCCAGGUUUGUGAAAGACCCAUCAUACAUUUGCUGGACACACCAGGAGUGCUGCCUCCUAACAUUGAGAAUAUAGAAACUGGGAUGAAACUUGCUUUAUGCGGUACCAUAUUGGAUCACUUAGUUGGUGAGGACGUCAUAGCUGAUUAUCUGCUUUUUUCACUGAACAGGCUACAACAGUUUGGGUAUGUGGAGAGGUACGACCUGGAAGCACCGUGUGAUGAUAUCCAGCAUGUACUGAAGCAUAUCGCUGUGAAGUUAGGCAAGACCCAGCGUGUGAAGGCCAUCACUGGAGUGGGUGACAUUACCAUGAAAGUGCCGAACUACACUGCUGCAGCGUAUGACUUCAUAAGAGCGUUCCGCAAAGGAGAGCUCGGCAAAGUCAUGCUGGACUUAUGAACACGACGCUUCUCUUAACAAGCAACUCAUGAUGAUGGAGUUGACGAUCAGAUUUUCUAUGUUCACGUAUUCUCUUAAUUCUAUUGCAAAAAGAAUUACUUUGGUGCCGUUACUACGAUUAUACAGUUGUAAUUCACAAAAUUGUUAUAUUUAAAACCAUUGUAACAAUUCAGAAACAAUAAAAUGUAUAUAUUUACACACAA